AUGAUACCUAACAAGAUUUUGAAAGUGUUUGCAUAUGAACUUGCCCCAGUCAUUACGGACAUUUACAAUUCGUCUAUCAUUCAAGGCGUGUUUCCGAUUAACCUCAAACGGUCUAUUGUAGUUCCAAUCCCUAAAGUCUCACUACCUCAAAGCGUGGAGGACGAUCUAAGACCCAUAUCACUAACGUCCCAAAUUUCUAAGGUCAUGGAGGGGUUCACCUUGACAAAAUUAUUUGCCCAAAUUGAGAGUAAAUUGGACACGAAGCAGUUUGCGUUACCAGGGAAAUCUACGACUCACGCCCUAACAUACCUCCUGCACACCAUUUUGUCUGCCCUUGAGAACACUUCCUGCUCCGCUAGAUUGUUUUUUGCAGACUUUAAAAAGGGGUUCGAUCUUGUUGAUCAUAAUGUCAUAAUAUGUGAGCUGGAAAAUCUUGGUGUACAUCCUGCCAUAGUGAGGUGGAUAAAAGCUUUUCUUAGCAAUCGUGAACAGUGUGUGCGAAUUGAAAACUCAUACUCCUCGUGGAAGAAAACAAACGGUGGUCUACCACAAGGAACAAAACUGACUAGGACCGCUACUUUUUGCAGUCCUUGUAAAUUCUUUGCUCAAGGAUUGGCCUGGGAGUAG